AUGGUGAACGAGAGGCAUAAUGGCAACCUGCUUGUGCACCUGGGACCCAAACUGCAGGCCUACCCAGGGGAGCUGCUGCGGCAGCGGCGAGGCCACGACGGCCAGCCUGAGUACCUGAUCCAGUGGAGUAUCGUCAGCUUGGAAGAGAAAGCAGCGGGAGGCAACAGUGCCUCCUCUGCAGAGACCAAGCCGGAGAACAUCUCGAUGUGGAUGUCUGCAGAGGAGGUCUGUGCCAGCUGUCCGGCGCUGCUGGGCAAGAGGAAGCUGGAAGGGCAGUGGGUGAAAGAGGAGAAGGCAGCCAGCCCGUUCGCUGCAGAUGUGCCGCUGGAUGAAGCCUCGCUGCUGGAGAUGAAGGCCGAUGUCAGGAGCCUGGUGCAGCGAGCUGGCCGGCAGAUGGCCGAGACGGGGAUCCCCGGGAAGCUACUGUUCGUCCUGGUGAAGCGCUACCUGUGUGUCACUUCUCUCAUGGACAAGCUCAGCAGCGGCAUGGAGCAGGGAGGGGAGCAGCAGGACUGCCCUGUGCCCGGCCCGUUCACUGAGGAGAGGAGCCGUGUGAAGCAGGAGUUUGAGUUCAGCAUGGCUAUGGCAAACCUCAUCUUGGAGCUGGUGCACGUGAUGGGCUGGGACCACAGCCACAAGCCAGAGCUGCUGCCGCAACAGGAGCUGCGGCCUCGCACCACCCGCUCCAUCUUCCAGCACAGGGCCACAUCCUGCACUGCUACUCAAGCAGCCCCCACUCCCCCACCAAAAGAGCCCAGCAUCUUCAAGACACGCUCAGCUUUCCCAAGCCGCAGCAGCUACGUGGAGUAUGUGCAGGCGAACCUGGUGCGUGGUAUGCGGGUGCGCAUGCUGGAGGACUACGAGCAGGUCAGCGCGGGUGACGAGGGUGACUUCCGCCAGAGCAACGAUGGCACUCCGCCUGUGCAGGUGUACUGGCAAGCCCUGGGCUGUACAUACUGGGUUCACUGGCACAUGGUGGAGAUCAUUGGCCCUUCAGGGCAAGAGGAGCAUGAGGGCCAGGAGAAGGUGUCCACCCUAACAUACAGCCACAAACUGGCGGCAGGUGAGCAGCCUCCAACCAAGGCUGCAGAGACCCUGAGCCGUGCCGAGUGGUGGAGGCGCCUGUUCUUCGUGAAGAAGCUGGAAGUGCAGGAGCAGGAAGAGAUCACCUGCCUCAUCCAGCAGGACCUGGGAGAACAA